GCGAGUUCCACUGCACAAUCGCUACGGUGUUGUUCAACAAAGCCAUAUACCAUGAGGUCCGCCAGGGUACUUUUGCUGUUGGCCGUCAUAGCCCUUACUCUGGCCACCGCUAACUCAGCCUCGGAAGAGUGUGGUCUAAAUGAGCAUUUCAAUGACUGUGCGCCUACGUAUCAGCUGUACUGCUAUAGUAAGGGAGAAAUCGAUACGGGGCAUUGUGUAGAGGCAUGUGUCUGUGACCAGGGCUUCAUCAGAGAGCAUCCCGGUGGACCAUGCAUCACUAAAGAUAAAUGCCCGCCACUAUAAACUGCAUUGGGAACCAUUUGACUGGGAACCAUUUGAACCAACGAAACGAGUGGCAACUCGACCUUUAAACAUUAGAAUCGAAACGAAGCCGUACAUAAUUCCAGUUGGGGAUUUUUCAAACGAUUUUUUCGAACUGAUUGGUUUGGGUAUGUCAAAAAAAAGUAGUUUUUUUCCAAAAUAAAUCAACUAGUUAUUUCAUGCGGAGUUCCCUCAAAA